UCGUGAACAGUCGCCGGAAGCGGAAGUUCCCUUCCCUCCUUUCUCUCGUUGGUGAGCCUCUCGAGCGAAGUAUGGCCCCUAGCCGGUCUCGCCGGACAGGCUCCCACAAGGCACAUUCCUUGGCGCGCCAAUGGAAGACGAAGCGGCGGCGCCGGGAUCUGGAUCAGAUCCACGAGGAUAUGCUGCCUGAGAAAUCGGCCAAGCUGCUGCGCCAAGAGCCGGACCCUGACAUGCCUGGGAGCGCCCAGCACUAUUGCCUGCAUUGCGCGUGCGUAAAGGGGAAAGGCGGGGCCGGGGUUCGGUUUGUCUCGCUAGGACUUCGUUUUUGCUUACUGCGCCUGCGUAAAAAAGAAAGCCGCUUCGAGCGCGACCCUGCUCUUUUUUUAGCUCAGAGAUACGAAAGUUUAAAGUAGGCUUCCUCAGACUCGGCCCUCCAGAUGGUUUGACACUACUGUUCCCAUCAUCCCUGACGACUGGUUCUGCUAGCUAGGGAUCAUGGGAGUUGUAGGCCAAAAAACAUCUGGAGGGCUGAGUUUGAAGAAUCCUGCAUUAGGAGCUUAACUGAUGUAUCCCUUAAUUGGUUAAAAUGCAAGGGGCUAUUUGUUCCUGGGAGGGAGCACAUGUUGCUGGAUCCCGCACUCCUAACUGGGCAGAAUCAGGGCAGUUUCUUCUGCAUUGCCAAGAAAAGUGGACAAGUUUAGAGCUUUGCUAGAAACUGAAAUAUGAAAGCUAGGAGCUAAAUGGCACCUUAAACCUGGGUUAUGGGCACAACAACUGAAUGUCUAGGUGCGCUUUUUAAUAACAGGAAUACAAAGCUGAAAAUGAAUGAACUGCAGCUAAAAUAUUAUGUUCAUUUUUCACAAGAUCUAGUUCUUCCCCUGCUCACCCUCCUAAUAUUCAUAAAAGGGUCUCUCUUCCAGUCUUCAGAGAGUAGCUGGAAGUAGGGAGGCAGAAAAAGGUCCUCCUUUCCUUCCACUCUGCAGUUUUAAUUUGAAAUCCUAGGCGCAGUACUGCGUCCAGAGCUCAGAAACUGCUUGCACUAAUGAAAUUCCCCGUCGCAAAAUGAACCUAGAACAAUGGGAGUUUCGAACACUGGUUUAGAGGGUUGAGGUGAUGUGAAAUGACAUGAAAGCUCAGCCUGCAGUUCUGAUGGCCAUUUUCAUGCAUUCAAAUAUUUGCUUGGUGCCGUUGCAAUAGGCACAGAUAAAUGUAGGUCAACAAAAUGAUUUCUGGGAAUGAACUUUCUGUUUUUCAAUAGGCAUCAACCAGCUUAACUUUUUUUCCUUUUUCUCCCUCAACAGGCGAUACUUCGUUGAUUUAAAAAGCAUGAAGGAUCACUUCAGAUCUAAGGUUCACAAAAAGAGGUAAUAUGAAUUCAGCAUAUUAUACAGAAUAGCCUUUUUCUCUAGGGAAUUAACACCUGUAGACACAUAGGCUUGCCUAUGCACCCUGCUCUCUUAACCUUCCAGCGUUUUGGAAAAGCACUUCACUAAUUUUAUGUAUGUUGCCUGGGUGCUGUCUGGUUAAUCUAUGUUUGUUAUAAAAUAAGUGGAAAAGAUGGCAGUGGGGGCCCUCUUGGCAGCUGUGCUACUCUCAGAAGUUUGGGAUGGGAUUUCCUCUUUGUAGAGAUGUGUCUGGCACCUUCACAACAUAGUGUUUUUUUUGUGUGUACUUCUCUCUUCCCUAACCUUUAGCCAUUGAUACAUAUUUUAAGGACCCACAGAAGAGGAAAGGAACCAGAGUUAGUGUUGUGUGCAAACCAGGAUUCAUGGAUUGUUCUUCUGAAAACUGUUAACUCAUUUUAGCGUGUCUGUUUCCUGGGAGAGUCACCUGAAAAAAACCAACAAUGACAAAAUACCGUAUUUUUCGCUCUAUUGGACGCACCAGACCACAGGACGCACCUAGUUUUUAGAGGGGGAAAUCAAGGGAAAAAUAUUAUUUCCCCCCCCCAGCCCCAAAGUUUGACAUUGCAAGUCAAACUGGACAUCUAGAAUGGAUACCAUAUGAGUCAAAUGUAAUAGUCAAAUGUAAAUGCCAGUCAGUCCCUUCUCCCUCCUCUAGAAAAGCUUUGCGCAACCUCUCCAGCCGCGGGAGGCUGCGCAAGGCUAAAGAGGAAGCCAGGGCAGCGAGCGCGAUCCAUCCCCUGGCCGCGUCAGUCCCUUCUCCCUCCUGGGGAAAAGCCCGCAAGAGCCGCGCGAAGCUUGUGCGUGGCUCUUGCGGGCUUUUCCUGCCUGCCUUCCCCCUGCAUUCGCUCCAUAGGACGCACAGACUUUUCCACUUAGUUUUUAAGACGGGAAAAGUGCGUCCUAUGGAACGAAAAAUACGGUACUGAUUUGAUUUUACAUUUGAUAUCAUAUGGUAUCCAUUCUAGAUGUCCAGUUUGACUUGCAAUGUAUUCAUUAUGUUGCUAAUUAAUUUUAUUAAACAAGUACAUUUCUUGAAAUGGGAAAGAAUGCAGUGGAACAGUUUCCAUCUCGGUGCAUCAGUGGAUCCUCCUUGACUUAUAGCGCUGCCAUCUAAAUGGCUCUUAACCAUGCAGUUGGUAGAAUAUGGGCUGUAGCCAAUGCUAGUUAAAAUUAAUGAACGUGACUAACUUAGGUCCAUGAAUUUAAAUGGGUCUACUUUGAGUAGUAGGGGAUGUGGGUGGCGCUGUGGUCUAAACCACUGAGUCAAGGGCUUGUCGAUCGGAAGGUCGGCAGUUCGAAUCCCCACGACAGGGUGAGCUCCUGUUGCUCAGUCCCAGCUCCUGCCAACCUAGCAAUUCAAAAGCGCGUCAGAGUGCAAGUAGAUAAAUAGGUACCGCUCCAGUGGGAAGGUAAACAGUGUUUCCGUGCACUGCUCUAGUUUCGCCAGAAGCGGCUUAGUCAUGCUGGCCACACGACCAGGAAAAACUGUCUGCGGACAAACGUUGGCUCCCUCAGCCAUUUAAAGCGAGAUGAGCGCCACAACCCCAGAGUCGUUCGUGACUGGACUUAACUGUCAGGGGUCCUUUACCUUUUUUUACUUAGAGUAGUACUAGCACUGGAUGCAACUGUAAGGAGAAAAGUAGUGGAAAUUGGCUUUAUUAAGACUUAAGUAAAUCAGUUUAAGCAGCUUCGGGGUGGGAGGUGGAGCGCCAAAAUUUGCAAGCUCAUUUGACUUAAGUUGAUUUUAUUUUCUUUGUAGACUGAAGCAGCUGAGUGAGGAGCCGUACACACAGGAGGAAGCAGAGAGAGCAGCUGGAAUGGGGUCGUAUAUACCUCCUAAGAAAGUCGAAGUCCACACACAACCGUUGGAUGAGAUGGAGGAAUCUGGCUGAGAGAAGUGGAUCCCAUCUGAAAAUUCUGUAGAUAACUUGAGACAGUGGGGAGGGGUGUGUGAUUGGGCAUGUGACAUGGGGCUUCAACCACAACUAUUUCAUGGUAGUAGAACUGGGGCAUAAAAUGGCUUCAGUUGACAUAAGCAUCGCUUUUAUUUUUUGUGACGGAACCAGCACUCUUAUCCUGUCCUUUUGGCAGAAGAUGGAGUUCAUCUGGAGGUCUGGGAGCGGAUGAGCAGACCUCCCCACUGUCCUAUUGACCUGCUUAUGUAACUAAUUGCGUCUCUUAUAGCGGCUCAUGUUUGUAAGCCGUGACUGUGGAUUUUUAGCAUUCUGCUCUGAAUGUGACCUUUCUCCAGCUUCCAAAUGAGUUCCUUUUAAUAAAUGAGCUGGCAAGCUGCUGGGCUGACCCUGGGCCCUGUGCUUUGCUUUAUUUGAUUGAAUGCUCUAAAGUAGACUUUCAAGGGCCUGGAAGAAGAAGAGCAGCAGAUGCCACACCAGAAACCAUUCAGUUUGCAUGACUUACUUGAGGAACAAUUGCUUUGGGUUCCAUGUUCAGAACAACUAACUUGGCUUAGAGCUCUCCAUUCAUCCAUUAAGUGUGCAUUGGUGGGUUAAGAGAAAUCUUGCCAUACUUUAGCGUCUCUUAUUGUGAGUGCAGUCAGACAGUUAGAAGAGGAUGUAGUAUUCUGGUGCGGGAGAACAGGUGGAAGAGAGAACAAGCCAUGUUCUUGCAUGUGCCCUCCUCACCUCUUCCCUCUUCAUCGCAUGCCUGGUUUUGUUGCUUCUGCCCUGGGCAGAUGGGGCUUAUCCACCUGGGAAGGUAGCUCAUCCAGGAGAAGGAAAACUCUGAUCCUAAAGCUCCGCUGCCUUGCGGGAUAUCUUCGGAAGAAGAAAAGGCUAAAGAGUCAACCCUACACAAAUCUGGAGUGGAGUCCCUAAGACAGUUGGAUGGCGCUUUGUACACCUGCUUCGAGCAAGUCCUGCAGCCAAGCUGGUGCCAAAAUGUAUUGCUCUGCUUUCAUUUGGACCACAUCAGUGAGGCAGAGAGGGGGGUCUUGUCAUCUGGGCAGCCCAAGACCUCCACACACACAGUCCAGGCUUGUGCCCCAGGGAGGUCACUUCUUCAGUGCUGCUAAUGCAGAAGUUUGACUUAACGCCCGCAGGCACCCUCUGUUGUCUCUCAAGACAGACAGAUGCCCACACCAACAACCUUAGCUUGUUUCGAUGAAAGGGAGCAAUUCACACCGCACAUAGUAAACCUUUGGACUUGCUCCCACAGGAUGGUUGGUUAGUUAGUUAGGAAAAAAAAUUUAUAUACCACUGGAUUGUAAGGGGGGGAAACCCUCAAAGUCGUUUACAAAAAAGAGGAAAAAACCAAUAAAAUUAUCAAUAAAAACUCUUUAAAAACCACAAGUGGAAACGUUAAAAACAUAGUAAAAAUCAGUGAUAAUCAACAGACAGAGAGUUCUGAAGUGUGGGUCCUGUGGACAUUUAAAUAGGUAGUUGUGUAACAUUAUCAGUUGAUAAUUCUUUACAAAUGGUCUGCUAGCUUACAACAAGGAAUAUUACGUUGCAAGGUCUGGAUGCAUUUGUGGUUUUUUUAAAAACCUUUUUUGGUAUUUAGGUGGUUGAAUGAGAUAGUGCAAAUGUACAUCUCAUUUAGGUAAGCAUGGAACUGUGUACCAGUUUCAGAUUUCUGGGUGGUAUGGAAGUAAUUGAAUCAUUUUGGGUUACACUGUGGUGUAUACUACAUGCCCACUUUCUAGGCCAUAUGGAAGUAUCAUUAAACGUAAUACUGCUGUG